GAAUGAGCACAUGUCGAUGGUGUACACCGGGUGGUUCUGACACCACGGAGUUCCUGAAGAGCUAUGCUUUUAAAGAGUUGUCCCUGGAAGAUCUUGAAGGAGCCAAUGAUGAUCUCUCUUACUGCCUGGAGUGUGUGGUCGAGUACCACAAAGCACGGGAAGAAUUGCCAAAGUUGCAUGAGGUCUUGUGGGAGUUGGAAAGCUCCCGUCUUGUUGCCCACAUAGAGAAAUCCAUCCAAGAAGAAGCUGGAGAUGAUGAUGAGUUGAUUAUAGUGAAUGGGGAUGAAGAGAGACACCUGUCUGGUUAUGUGGGCCCAGAUUUUGAGAAUAACCUGCGAGUGCCCCUCCUAGAAAUACUGAAAUAUCCCUAUCUGCUGCUGCACGAGAAAGUCAGUGAGCUGUGUGUGGAAGUGCUCUGUAAAAUGGAAAAAAAUCAGAGUUCCUUUCAGGUCUUUGAGAAAUAUCCAGGAAUUUAUCUCUUUUUGGUACACCCAAAUGAAGUGAUUCGUCGAUGGGCCAUCCUAACAGCAAGGAAUUUAGGGAAGGUUGACAGGGAUGAUUAUUAUGACUUGCAGGAAGUGCUGACUUGCUUGUUCAAAGUUAUUGAGUUGGGGCUUUUUGAGAGUCCAGAUAUUUACAGCUCGUCAGUGAUUGAAAAGGGUAAACUCAUCCUUCUGCCAUCCCAUUUAUACGAUACUACAAACUACAAGAACUAUUGGCUGGGGAUUUGUAUGUUGCUAACGGUGCUGGAAGAGCAAGCCAUGGACUCCUUGUUACUGGACCCAGACAAACAAAAUGAUUUCAUGCAGUCCAUACUUCAUACCAUGGAGAAGGAAGCAGUCGAUGAUUCCACUGACCCCUUCUGGCCAGCGCUGCAUUGUUUCAUGGUUAUUUUGGAUCAGCUCGGAUCUAAAGUGUGGGGUCAGCUUAUUGAUCCUGUCCAGGCCUUUCAAACCAUUAUCAACAGUGUGAGCUACAACAAUGAAAUAAAAAAUAUACGCAAUAGCUUUAAGAGGACAAAAUCUGAACCGGAGUCAGACUACAAUGAUGACAUGGUUACUUGCAGUCAGAUUGUGUAUGAUUUUAACACAGAAAAGCUUCAGAAGGAUACUGGAUGGAAAGCUGCUAUUUGCCCAGACUACCUCCCCAGCAUGUACGAGGACAUGCAAACACUGGCUCACGUGCUGCAGUCUGAUAUUGGCAGAGACAUGCGCAUUCAUAACAGCACGUUUCUGUGGUUCAUCCCUUUUGUUCAGUCUCUUAUGGAUCUCAAGGACUUGGGUGUAGCAUAUAUAGUAGAGGUCAUUCACUACCUGUACUCAGAAAUCAAGGAUAUCCUCAAUGAAAGGAUCCAGCAGUGCGAUAAGAUCUCGGAAUUUUUUCUCUUGAUCUUGGUGUCGAUUAUUGAGCUGCACAGGAAUAAGAAGUGCCUGCACUUGCUAUGGAUUAGCUCCCAGGAAUGGGUGGAAGUGGUGGUGAGAUGUGCCAAGCUUCCAGCUGUAGCAUUCACACGGUGCACUGAAAAAGCCUCUGGACACUGUGUGAGGGGUUCAUCAGGAAUGUCUUUACAAGCUUCUAACUCCGUGCAGCACGCCUGUGUGCAGCUGAUCCGCAGCCUUCUGAAAGAAGGCUGUCAGAUGGGGCAGCAAACUCUUUGCAAGCAAUACCUGAACAAACUCAAUCUUCUUCUGCGAGGAAAUUUGUCAUUAGGUUGGCAGCUGAACGUCCAGGAAACCCAGGAAUUACAAAUGUGUUUAAAGCAAGUCAUAAGAAAUAUAAAGGACAGAGCAUUGAAUACCUCUGUGCCCAUAGGAAACAAUGCAGGCUCUACAACUUUGCCCACCAUUUCAGUCAAGCAGGAGAAGAGUGGACGUGGUGAUGGGCAUGGCAGAGAUGGCCUUUGUUCACCAGCUGGUCUCAUAUCAAAGGAAGGCAGAGAUGAAGAUUGUCCAGAGAACCCUUUCCCUAGAAGAAAGAGUGCCUGGGAAGAGGAGUGUAGAGAUGCAUCUAAAAGUUCAAGAUCUUGGACAUCAACAGAAAGCCUCUUGGUGAAUAUUAAAAAGGAACCUAAUGACCUGACAACUCCGGAACGUGUCUGCCCACAGAACUCUUUGGCAACAAAGGAAUGUGGGAAAGUUGAGGAAAACAAGAACAGUGAUCUUGUGGUGGGGAAGUGCACUAUGGGUGAUCAGUGCUUAAAUCCAAAUACCCAACAAUCAGAUUUCAGAAGAAUCAGAGAGCUGGAAAACAAAGGUGAAGCAGGACCCAUAGCACCAGUGCACCUCGCUGCUCAAACUGGUUCUUCAGAAGAUAGUUACAGCUCAGAUGUAAAGGGAAGCAAUGUGUUUUCUAGUUCCUCUUCUAAGUUGAAAGUGGAUGCACAGAGACUGAUGAAUUUGAAAGACAUGCUGCAGAAAACUGAAUGGCCCUCAAAAGUAUUGCAGCCUACCAAGCCAAGUGACUUGAAAAGCUGCAGUUUAACAAGUGCUUCAAAAGCAGAGGUGGAGAAACCUAAGCUUUGCACUGGCUAUCUCUGUACUACCAAAGAUUGUCAUAAACAUCAGGGAGUGAAUAUUGUGUAUGAAAAUGAAAUCUCUGUUGAUUCUCCAUCUUGGAGGAGUUGUGAAGGUGCACAGAAGAGAAGUGUCAACAGUGCUUUUCAAUCCAGACUGGUCCCCACUACCCAGGUGUCCAAAGAAACACCACUAGUUUGCUCCAGCUCCUCUAAAAAUGAACCUGGUGUGCAGGAAGAUGAAGACAACAGUAUUUUGCUUUCAAGGAUUAGUGACACUGUACUGAAAAAAGAAUCUACUGAAGAAAAGUCAAGUUUACUGUUGAGGUCUGUCUUUAUGAAAGACCCUGAGAUGCAAACUUCAGACCAGGAACAGCCUAAUUUAAAUGACUCAGGUAAAUAUGACUGUAAAGGUCAAAUUCCAAAGACAUUCAGUGUGGAUAAAACUUCAGCAAAUGGUUGUGUUCCAUCUACCUCUGAAAGUAAGAGGGAUACAUCUAACCCUGCUUCUCGGAUCAGGCCGCUGUCCGUGAAGAGUGAAUCAAAUGACAGGUUGUUCCAAUUCUCAGAAUAUUUCAAGAGAGAAAACAAUUUAGUGGGGAAGAAAGAGGAGAAUUGUGUGAAAACUGUUUCUGAAGAUAAUACUUUAUCAGACUCCCAGCUUGACAGAGACCUCAGUAAAUUAUCUCUAGCUGCAUAUGCCAAAAGUGUCAAUUUUCCCUUUGAUUCAAGCCAAGAAAGCUUAGUUCAUCAUAAUCUGUGUGAUAUUAAAAGAAAAGUGAAAGGUGCUGUAAGAUCUUCCAUUGAUGACCAAAGUGCUCGGCCUCCCUGUGAUGCAGAUUGCCAUGACAAUGAAGUAAUUAUAAUUUUGGACUCUUCUGAUGAAGAAAACAACGUGGCUCACAAGGAGGAAACAACAAAAAAUAAUGAGAAUGUGUGUCCUGAAAAGCAGCCUUCAACUUCCAGCUGCAUUUCUGACUCAAAGUCACCAAGCUCUCCCUUGUUACUGGAAGAGUGUGAUUCUCAGUACUUUGAAUUUGAAACAGAAGAUGAAGUCUUUUCAGUGUGGCAAGAUACUCAAGAGUAUAGUAUGGAAGCAACUCAAGAGUAUAAACAGAAUCAAGCUUCAGCAUCGGUUGAUAGUGGUAAUUCCCAUGGCUCACUGGAAGAUCACACAAAUGAGUGGGGUUAUGAUCUGGAUUACCUAAGUGAUGAAACCAUGGAAGAAGAAGCAAACUUGGUAGAAAAGCAGGAAGAAAAUAAUUCUCAUCCCAAAGAAGCUGAUAAUGCAAAGGAAGUAACUAAUUCAGCAUUGCAAGAAUCUAGUAGUAAGGGAGAUGGAAAAGAUCAACUGGAGAAUUUGGCAGACAAAGGUCCUGUUGCGAAAGACUCCACCCUGGGCUCAAAACUGACUGAACCCAGAGCAUCUACAUCUAAAAUGUCAUUAGCUUCCAAGCUGGCCCUGAAGAAGAACAGUCUGAGCCCACGGAAGAGUAUAGCAAAAUCCAAGGUAGGAAGAGCUAUUCAGAGAAGCCCUAAAAAGCCUCCUUUUCUUAAACCAGCCCCAAAUAAAAAGUUACUUCAAAGUACAUCCAAAAAUUCACAAUCUGGCAGGUCAUUGCCUGCUGUUAUUCCUCCAAGGAAGGUCAGGCAGUGUCCUGCACCCUCCACCACUGCAGAAAAGCUGGGUCUGAAGAAGGCACCUCGUAAAGCCUUUGAAUUAUCCCAACGUUCCUUGGAGAGCCUGGCUGAGCUGCGCAGCCACGGGAGAGCUGCAGGGAGGGUGGCACUUGCACAGAAACGGAAGAGUAAACUAAUUGCUCCUCAGAAUUUGUCUGUAAAAUACAAUAAAAAACUGCUAGCCUGCCAAGACCGUCUGUAUUUUGGGCAGACAAGGCCCAAAAAAGGUGUGAAGCAUCCUGUGGGAAAUUCUGAGAGUAGAAACAAAACAGUUAGGAAAGUGGAUGCAAAUUCUAGGAAACAAACACCUACAAGUUUUGAGCUUGGAUCUGUAGAAAACCCAAGAGACAAAAAAAGAGAGGAGACAAAUCUGUCUAAAAUGCCUACUUCUUCAGACUCGAGCAGAAGAUCAGAGGGUAACAGUACGAUGGUUCCUCCUGUACCUGAGGGUUCAAGUCUCUCUUCUGCUGCUCUUGCUCAAGAUGGUAAAGAUGAACCUUCAGGAGAAGGUUGCGGUGUCCAGCCUGGGUGUGAGAAGACAGCUUCAAAAGAAAAUGGGUGUAAACCAAAUGAAAACAGUGAAGAUGAUGAUGAUGAUCAUCUGUUUUUAACUCAGUCAGAUCCUAAGGAUGAGGAAUCGCGUUCUCUGGAGGAAGGUGUUGAAGAUGCUACUAAAACUAGUAAAAAACCAGAGGAAACAAAUAGUGCUGAAAGUCUUCAGCAGAAAGACUCCUUGACUCCUGUGAAAUGUAAGUACAAAAACUGCAUGGAGAAGGUAGAAAAACCAAGAGAAUAUUGCAGUAACCAUGCAGCCACCAGCUCAGAAGCAGACCACUUGUUUGCCAAACCUCUCCUGCCACCUUCUAAACCAAGAAAGCCUUCCACUGCCAAAAUUUUCAGCUCGGCAAGUUCCUCACGGAAUGCAGCCUUCAGCAAGGACUUUGAAGAUGUUAAGAAGCCCCCACCAGCUUCAAGAAACAAAGAGAAUGCAGCAAAACCACCACUUGCAAGGGCUGCACCCCCAGGAAAUCAGACCUGGAAGCCUCUAAGUUCCAGUGAUGUACCUCAGCUCCCUAGUUCUAAUGUUCUCCAGCCACAAAACAGACAGAAUUACAAUGUUUCAAACGUGGUCAGAAGACCUGCCCAAGAAGUGUGUCCUGCCUUGUUUGAACCUAAGCCCCGGGACCAUAGUACUUUUGAUAAUGAAGUCCUAAAGUGGACUUAUGAAAUGUUUGCAAACUCCAGCGAGUGUGGACCUCCGAGCGGUCUCCUGCAGUCUGUAGUAGCCUCUGUUCCUGUCCAGUUUUGGGGAGAGAAACAGUAUUUUGAGACAUUUUUCCCCUUGAUGAUGCUAAACGCCUUUGAAACACUGGCAAAAGAGUGGGCAGAAAACCAGAAAGUAAGAGAGAGGAGUUACUACUUCUGCUUAGAGAACUUAUCUUCUGACUUGAAUGCAGGAAACCUUACAGCAAGUUUUACAGGAAAUUUUACAGCUCAUUUUAAAGAAAGUGAUUUGGCAAAGCAGCUUCAUCCAAAGGAGGAUGACUUAAUCUUUUUGAUGGUCCAAAAGAAAAAAGAUGCCUUUGGGGAAGAAAGUGAGAUGGAGACCCAGAUAGUGAACCAUGUUGGUCUUGUGAAACGAUUUGCUCGUGCAUCUGGCUGUGCAGCUGGACAAAGGGAGCAGCACACUGCCUGUCAUCUUUCUGUGCAAACUCGAGGCAAUUUGUCAUUCUUCAUAAAUAAGCAAGUGAAGUGUGUGGUGAUUGGCUCCUUGGUGACCACGCGCCGAACAUUCAGAGGUCUGCUGCUGUUGCACAGGAGUUGCCUGGCUAGACCCAUCAUCAAUCCAAGUUAUGAUUACUUCUGUCCCAGGGGCUUGCCCACAGCUUCAGAAAGUGCUGCGUUGGUUACGAACGAAUACAAUGAAGAUCAAAGGAGAGCCAUUGAGACAGCUUAUGCCAUGGUAAAGGAGCAUCCAGAGCUUCCCAAGAUCUGCCUCAUCCAUGGUCCACCUGGAACAGGGAAAUCAAAAACUAUUGUUGGACUUCUGUCCUGUAUUUUAAGAGAAAACAUGAGGAAUGAUAAAGCAUCUCCAAAAACAAAUUCCAAGAUCAAGCCAAACCGUUUUCUAGUUUGUGCACCAUCAAAUGCUGCAGUUGAUGAACUAAUGAAAAAGAUCAUCGUUUCAUUUAAGGAAAAGUGCCAGAACAGACAGGAGCCCUUGGGGAAUUGUGGUGAUAUCAAUUUAGUGCGACUUGGUGCUGAAAAAACCAUCAACAGUGAAGUCCGGGGAUUUAGCCUGGAUAAGCAAGUUGAACAUAGAAUGAAACGAAAGCCAACUGAUUGUGACCAGGAUAUGCAGAAGAGAAAAGCAGCCCUGGAUCAACAGCUGGACAUGCUGGCUCGUCAGCGUGCCAUGCACAGAUGUGAGAAGAGGGAGAGUCAAAUGUUAGAUGACGAAAUAGGCAGAAUUUCCAAGGAGAGACAACAACUUGCUUCUCAACUAAAGGAGGUCCGGGGCCAUGCUCAGAAGGUACAGGCAGAUAUCAUCCUGGAGGCUGACAUCAUCUGCUGCACCCUGAGCACGAGUGGAGGGGGGCUGCUGGAAUCUGCUUUUUGGCGGCGAGGGGGGCAAGGAUUCAGUCCCUUCUGCUGUGUCAUUGUGGAUGAGGCAGGACAGUCCUGUGAAGUGGAAACACUGAUUCCACUGAUGCAUCGCUGUAGUAAACUUGUCCUUGUUGGAGAUCCCAGACAGCUCCCUCCUACUGUAAAAUCACUAAAAGCUCAGGAAUAUGGCUAUGACCAGUCCUUGAUGGCACGUCUGCACAGGCACCUGGAGGAGCAAGUGCGCAGGAACGUUUUCCGGGGCCUGCCGGUUGUGCAGCUGACUGUGCAGUACAGGAUGCACCCUGACAUCUGCCUCUUCCCAUCCAACUAUGUUUAUGGCAGGACUCUAAAGACUGACAAAGCAACAGAAGAGAACAGAUGUUCUUCAGAGUGGCCGUUCCAGCCCUACCUUAUUUUUGAUGUAGGAGAUGGCCAUGAGGAGCGAGACCGUGACUCUUUCAGUAAUCCUCAGGAAGUGAAGCUGGUGAUGGAAUUAAUCAGAACAAUUAAGGAAAAAAGGAAGGACCUGGGUCUGCGUCGCAUUGGAAUAAUUACCCCUUACAGUGCACAGAAAAAGAAAAUUCAAGAACAAAUGGACAAAGUGUUUAAGAAUAACAGCCCAGGAGAAGUGGACACAGUGGAUGCAUUCCAGGGUCGAGAGAAAGACUGCAUCAUUGUGACUUGUGUCCGGGCAAACAGCACUAGAGGAUCAAUUGGGUUUCUGGCAAGUCUUCAGCGUCUGAAUGUUACAAUCACCCGAGCCAGGUUCAGCCUCUUCAUCCUUGGAAGACUGAAAACACUUAUGGAAAAUAAAGACUGGAACGCGUUGAUUCAGGAUGCUCAGAAAAGAGGUGCCAUUAUCAGGACAUCAGAAAAAAGCUACAGGAAUGAUGCUGUUAGGAUUUUGAAGCUCAAGUCAACGGUGCAGCCCCCGGCCAAGGUGGGGACGAAGCAGCCUCCUCUGGUGCAGGCUGCUGCUUCCAGUAGCAAGAGGAUCGAGCUUGCAAACCCAAGUCCUGGCAGUGCAGUGCCCCAGGGGAGCAGAGGAGCCCCGGGGGCUCAGGCUGCAGGCUCCAGGAGGGGCAGUGUCCCCACCCCCCCGGGGGCUGCAGCGCUUCCCAGGCCUGAGAAACCGCGGGAUCCAAGGACAGCCGGUAUGGCUGGGAGACCUGACACCCAGGGGAAGGAGCAACCCUCAAAGGACAGCGAUCAGGCAGCCCAGAGCAACCCAGGACAGACAUCACAGCGAGGCCUCCCGGUGCCCUCUGCUGCCAGGGAUCAGAUUUCCAGAACAGAAACUUCCAAGAAGCCCCAGCAGACACUGGGACAGUGUGACGUGCCUCCUGCUUUGCCUUCUGCGGGUCGGCACGAGGGUGACUGCAGAGCUCCUGUAGCAAAAAGCAGUUCAAAAGCCCCUGGUGAAGGAGGUCAGAGUUCUAGCAGUAGGUGGAACAAAGACUAUCGUGUUUUAACGAAGAGAACAUCAGAUGAAUCUCCAGAGAGCACAGAAACAAACAGUGUCAAGCGAAAGAAGACCUGACUUCAGUAUUGGCUCAUUACUGGAAAUCUGUUCCCAGAUUUCUAUCUGGCAUGGACUGUAUUUUAAAUUAUUUAGUAUGCCUGGAACUCCCUUACAUUGAUACCACUACUAUCAGUAGAUCCAUCUUUCUCCCAUCCUGUCCUUAAUUGUGAGAGGGACUUUAUACCUGACAGUUGGUAGCUUUGAGCUUUUGAAAGGAAAAGUUGGGUAACUGCAUUGCUUGGAAGAGCAGUGGAUUUUGUCAUCUAGGAAGUUAAGGUUGUAAAUGUUUCACAGUGUAUAUUUGUACAGUAUACAAAAUUAUUUUAAGAUUUGAUUUGGCAAAUAUAUAACUUCUUGUUUCCUUCUGCAAAUGCUAAUUUCUUAGUGAUGUAAUUUUUUACAAAGAGCUACAACAAAGCAAAAAACCCCAAAGUCUCCAUCCCCAAACAAACAAAAAAAACAACAGCCAAGCAGCAAACAAAAAACUCCCCAAAACCUGAAAACUUCUUUCCCUUUGCACUAGUAAUCCUAAUUUGUUUGAUAGCAAAGAGUGAAUGUUGAAAAUAUGGUAGCAGUGAUUCUUCCUCAUGCUCCAUUAGUGCCUCAGGAAAGACUGAAGGCAGAUGAACCUUGGUUGAAUGGAGAGAGUUCUACUUAAUUUGUCUUUUAUUCCCUGUUUUUAUAGGAACAGAGAGCUUUUGUUUGUACAGAUGUGCCUUGUGUUUUGCUCUUGCUGCUGCUUCAUCAGUUGGAAUCUUUUUCUUGUUGCAGUGGCAACACAAACUGCAGAUUAAAGCCUAGGAGGUCUCUUUGGUCCUAAUGAAUCCAUGUGAGGAGUGAUCAACAGAACUGGAAUCUUCAUCAAAGAUCUAGUUAACACUUCUGGUAAUGACACUGGAGUUUCUUUGUAAGAAGCUUUUGGAGAUUUACAAAGAUAAAAAGCAGUUCAUCCUAGAUGUUAUUCCUGGAUUCUUUCCAGUGUGUUGAUGAAGAACACGUAACCAGUACAAUGGGAUGUGUGUGUGGGAAUAAUAUUUUUAAGAAAGCCUUUCUCUCAUCCUAACAUUUCACAAUAAAAGUGGGGUUGUUUCUACUAAGACCCAAAGGGUCACUCUGAAGUAGCACUUUCUGGAGUGUGUGUCUGUCUCAAGGAGGUGCAGAGCAACAUUUCAGGUGCCCAGUUUUGCCUGGGGGUAAUUCUAGUGACUGCAGCACCCUGCUGUGUUCAUGCCAAGUUGGGUGUGUUGUGGCUGGGCCAGGUUGCUAUGUCCAGGAUUCGGUGUUACAGACUGCUCUGGAGCAGCACUGUCCUGCUGCCCCUUCCUGACUGACUUAUGCUCAACCAGUAUAAGGGCAGUGGCUUUCCUGAAGCAUAUGAGCUGCCAGAUGUCUCUGGUCAGAAUUUAGCCAUAAAUUUUAGCUGUGUUUUCUGUCCUGACACAUUCAUUGCAAUAAAUACAGGUGCCUUCCUUAACAGCAGGCAGUGAUUCAAACUGUAAUUGCCAGUAGCACACACAUCCUUGAUGCUUCCAGGCUCAGAACAAACUUGCACUGGUUCUUGACUGGUACCAAUUGCAUGGUGUGUUGGGAAGCUUUUGAUUGCUGUCUGUGACUGUCCAGCUCCUUGUGUUGCACAGUGCUGAGCUUUUUAAGUAAUAGGGGAAAAUCUGAGAUACCCAUGGAGUGAAAUCAGCCCCUGUGCAUUGUUUAGCUUUAGUUACUUGUUAUGUUGCCAUCUUAAUGGCUUCAGUGAACCGUGACCACCCCUUGUCAGCAGUCUGUGCUCUUCUAAAGCUGCUGUGACUCUUCCUUGAUGUUGUAUCCCCCGUGUGAGCAGGAAGGCUGCUUGGAUGAAUGUGACUGUUGUGACUGGAGAUUUGGGUCACUCCCACAUCACAGAAUCCAUGUCCUGGGUGUUCUCUCCCUUUAUGUUAAUAGGAAUGACUUCAAACUACUGACAUCUCUCAAACCUCUUGGCUCCUCUUGGCAGGGCUGUGCUGACCUGCCUGCUGUUUCUACUUAGCACAUGACAAAGGCUGCUACUCUGCAAAGGGCUGUAAGAUCCUAUAGCUGGGGAAGCCAUUUAGACUGUCUUUAUAUAAAUAAAAUGGAAGUUGGCAACAGGGUGAGUGGGAUAAUGCUUUUCUGGCCAUUUAAUGCAAUUUUGUCAACAGAAUGUUUCUCUGAAGCUUCUAGUUUUCUUUCUCCUUAAUCUGCAUUUCAGAAGUGAGAGCUAGUCUUGCCCCACGUGAUGGAAGGCAUUUUGUUUUAAUGUUUCACUUGACUAUAUUUUGUACACAUCUGCACAAACUAAACCACCUGUAUUCUUCCAUAAAUCAGCUUUGAGACAUGG